AUCAUGGAGGAAUAACAGGUACCUGCCUUGCAGAGAGAGGAGGACAGGCAUAUUCCAAUUCACAGCGACAUCUUGAAACGUGGUCAGACCAUCCGCGAAUGUGAGUUAUACAGUUGUAGCAAAGCAGACAAUCACGAUGAAGCAUUUUCUAAGGGUACUGACCCAGUUGCUGGUGUUCCUUUACUGUAAGUGUUUGUGGCGGGGCCUGAAGUUUGUCAUCAGGAAGGUGACAGGACGAUGUGAGCUUCAACGCAUCUGUUACAAUAACAAACCUGGUGCUCGAAGGACGCUCAAGAUCGAAUCCUCACUCAAAUGUUCUAAACAUGAGCUUUUGCAGUCUGCCAUCAGCAUUCACCCAGACUCUGUUGAGAAAACUAUCGAUGAUAUUAUGUCCCUGAAAAAGAUCAACCUCGACACUAACCCACAGCUUGGCAUCUCUCUCCAGGCUUGCCUCCUCCAGAUUGCGGGUUACCGAAACCUAGUAGUGGAGGUGGAGAAGCUGCGUAGAGAGCCGUACGACUGUGAAAACCCAGCACAUGAGGAGAUGCUCAUGAAGCUGUGGAAGGAACUCCGCCCUGAUUCUCCUCUCUCUGGACGCAUCUCCAAGCAAUGGUGUGAGAUUGGUUUCCAAGGAAACGACCCCAAGACUGAUUUCAGGGGCAUGGGUCUCUUGGGCUUGCACAACCUACUAUAUUUUGCAGAGAAUGAUAAAGCCACUGCUCUCCAAGUUCUCCAUGACUCCUUGCAGCCCAAACACAGGAACCUUUCCAAAGAGGAAGCCAGCAAGAUGAGCAAAGCUGAGUGGGACAAGAACAAAUUUGACAAAGCGAUUGGAUACUCCUUUGCCAUAGUUGGCAUAAACAUCACAGACCUGGCAUAUUCCCUGCUGGUGAGCGGGGCUCUGAAGACUCAUCUGUACAAUGUGGCACCAGAGAUGCCAAGUCUAGUGAACUUCCAACAGACCUUCUGUUAUCUGAUGCAGGAGUUCCACAGGUUCUGGAUCGAGGAGGACCCGUGUGACAUCAUGGAGUUCAACCGCGUGCGCACCAAGUUCUACAAGCGCGUCCUGAAGCAGCUGAAGAACCCUGACAUGGCACUGUGUCCUCACUUCACGGCCUCGGACCUUCACCUGGUCAACCUGUAGCUUCUCAUUCAUCUCAACUCUUGUGACACUUCACCUUCUCAUCCUUAAAGCCCAUGUCUCAUUACUCCCAACUGCUCAGCUGCUCUUCUUCUCACACAUUCUCUCACCAAUGUCUCCUUCAGCCCAUCUAACCAGAAGCAACUGAAGAUCACCAGCACUGCUGAAGACCAUGUUGAUUGUAUGUGCGCAUGGCAACAGUGCACCUCCUUAGCUUUCACAAUGAUUGUGAUAUUUACAGCUACUGUAUGCUGAAGUCUUGAUCAGCAUCUGAAUGUGGAUCGGAGGGAGAUCUCUCCCGAUUAGACAGGGCUCCCUAUCCACCAGUAGGUCGAGCUGUUGGUACAUAUUAGGUAAGACAGUGAGCUUCAGGCAUGCGAGAGUUUCUACCUACAUCCACCGCAGAAGGCUGCACUGAUACCAGGCACACUUAGAAACAGGUGGCCCUUGUUUGUAUACAGUAUCAUAUACUUUUUCAGCUGGUAUAUGACGGAUAACCUUUCUUCACUUAUUGUGAAUCUGUUAAAGGAAUGUUCAAGGUUCAGUACAAAUUCAGCUCAAUCAACAGCACUUAUGGUAUAAUGUUGAUUACCACAAAAUAAUAUUAACUUGUCUCUGCUUUUCUUUAAAAAAGCAAAA